AUGCCACAUAGGGAACCACAAACCACAAGAUCCGUCUUGAGGCCAAGUGUGGUGGUAUUUUGCUCGAUUAUCCUAUUGUGCUUUUAUCUUAUUGGCCUGAAAUCAUCUUCUACUCAUCUUGACUGGGACGAUGCAAUCUUUUUAACACGCAAUUCAUUUAAGGAAUUUAAACAGCAAUACAUAGAACCGUUGAUGUUGAAGUAUAGAUAUGAUUUGUUGAAUGAAAACUCCGCUAUCAAUGAUGCCGAAUUAGAUUAUCCAUUAAACAGUGUGGUCAACUCCUUUUUCCCUAUUGACGCCGUCCUCAGAUUCAACACCACAGAUGAAAGCCAUAACUUGACUUCCCAUGAAUUCAUCGGCAGAUAUGCAUCAUUCAGUCCUAUAUUGAACUAUAAAUUGGAGAGCAAGUACAAGAUCUUACCUUACAAUGCUUGUAAUUUGGAUGACUUAAAAUCCCUUAAUCGCAAGGAGUAUUACCAUAAAGUUCUAGUUGUUUUGCGAGGGGAUUGUACAUUUGUGGAUAAAGUUACCACUUUGAUUGAAUCUGAUUUGGAGCCAAAAAGUAUCAUUAUUGCCAAUGAUGAGCCUUAUAGAGGAUUGAUCACCAUGUUUUCAAAUACUUUUAAUCAGGACGGAUCAUUACAAGUACCGAUUAUGUUUAUUACAAACGAAGAUUAUAAAAACUUGCAAUUAUAUGAAUCAGACAAUGUGGACCUUGAGAUCACUACAGCUUAUAUUGGAAGUUGGGUUAGUAUUAUCUUGUCUAUGGUGUUAUCUCCACCAUUGUUAAUUCUCCUUUUCUAUGCUAUUGUAAUUUGUGGUCAGAGAAUCAGAAAAAGACAAGUGAACAAACGGAAUGCAAAAAUGGUUAGAAGUUUGCCUAUUUAUAUUUACAAUAUUGACCAUUUGAUUUCAGCCAAACAUUUUCAACACUAUUUAAAGGUCACGGGUCAAAGUAGCAUGGUUCCUAAAGAUAGCGAGAACACUUUGUUAAUGGAGUCUCCAAAAGUUUCACCCAAUGGAUCAACAUUAUCAAUAAACAGGAUUAUUGUUGGGGGUAUUGAUUUGCGUACAUCAAAGACUCAUUUGCAUAGUAUUACAGCUCCAGAUGAUUUUUUCCCAUCAUACAAGUGUUCGAUUUGUUUGGAAAAAUAUGUUCCAUUGAAAUCUAGAGUACUCGUGUUGGAUUGUAAGCAUUUCUUCCACGAAAAGUGUUUGUCCAAUUGGUUAAUUAACUUUAAAAGAAGUUGUCCGUUGUGUAAUUAUAUGCUUCAUAAUAGUCGCCAUUCAACAGCUCUCUUGCUUGCUGGUCAAGAAGAUACUGUGGAUUAUGGAAGUACUGCCGAUUUGGAUAUCGGCCCUUCAAGUCCGUUUUUUGGAUUAACUCCAUCGCAAGUGGAAAGUAUCGAUAGUGAUCAUUACACAAUGUCCCUCAACACAAGAGGUACCAGUGACCAAAAUAGUGGAGUUCAUGAAGAUACACAUUCAAUUUCAGAACCAGGUCGGAGUAAUUACUAUCAAGAAGAAACUAGUUUCAUUAAUAGGGAUAAUAUACCACAAAGUAUGUCCUCUGACGCUUCAGAUAUGACAUUUUAUACUGCCAAUAGCCAACCAAUCGAAGGCAGUUCUGGUCUUUCCAACAACAACUCAUCUACUUCUGUCGGCGCUGCUCCUAAUAAUUCCCCUCAAAGACCGUAUCUUGUCUCCAAACCGCUGCAGAUUUUGAGUCGCUUCACGAAUUCCACUCCAUUUAAUAAUCAAGAAUUGAGUACUAGCAUUGAUUCGGGAAGCGAUAACAAUCAUGACGACAAAAGUACUAUCGAAUCAUCCGCUACUAGUAUAGUGGAACUGGAUCAUAUUGAUGAAUCUACAAUUGAUCUUUCUACGCUGAACUGA